GCUUGGAAGAGACUGUGCUUUCUAAGCACACAGCCUUGGUGGUUUGCCUUUUUGGUGGUGCUUCUGUGGUCCUGACUGGCUUCGUGCAGGAAAAGUCCUUGGAAAUCUACUGCAUCAGCUUCUCUGCGCAAAAGUGUCUGGGAGUUCUCCAAGGCUUUAACCUAGAGAGGAUUACAAUAAAAGUACAAUAUAAAAUGGAAACAUUAUUUUCAUGCCUCUGAGGUAAUGGGAAUAAAUGUAUAAUUAAUUCAGGACUAUGAUAAUGACCAUUCAGCUAUAAAGAACAAAGGAAAACAGAGAAGCAGAGUGGCUGAAGUUGCAGGUGUCUCAGAACUGACAGUGAAAAAUCACCUGGGAAGCUAAUAAGAUGUCAUCUCUACCAAGGAGGGUGAAAUCUGAAGCCAAAGCCCUUACAUCAGAAGAUGAUGAACUACCUUCACUUCUUACUUCGAGCUCUGAAUCAGAGGAGGAGUGGGAGCCAAAAAGCAAAAUCGCCAAGAGAUCUCGGUUGCCAAAGAAAAAUGAGGCAAAAACUAAAAAAGUUGCUGCUCCACGGUCAGCUGUGGCCAGGAAGAAGGUCAAGAAGGUAGCAAUAAAAGAGGAAAUGGACAUAUCCUUGCCUGUUGCUCCUGCAGAAGAUAAUGGAAUGCAACUUCUAAAACCUAAGGAAGAAGAUGUAGGCACUAAACCAAAAACUUUAAAUCAAAAGCCAGAAGUGCCUAAAAAAAUGGAAAUAAAUUCAUUCCAAGGGAAGAACGUAAAGAGUUUAGAGAGUGAUGAAAAACCCUCAACAAGCGUUCCUGUAGUGGGAAAUCAAGUGAAACAUGAGAAAUCUGAGGAGGAUUUUGCAUUUGAUGAACCACCUUUUAAAAAGAUUAAGUCAACGACAUGUCCUGAAGGAAAGCUAGUUAAAAAUCUAGGAGGCAACAAAGUAAAAGAAGAAUUUGAGAUGAACUGGGAUAUUGUACAGGCCUUGUCAGAAAUAACAAAUGUUGAACCAUGGGUAUGUGCAAACUUAAUUCGCCUCUUUCAAGAAGAAAACACAAUUCCUUUUAUUGCUCGGUAUCGAAAAGAGCUCAUCAAUAAUCUGGAGGCCGAUGCCUUGCGAGAAGUGCAGCAAACAUUGGAAGAGCUACGUACUGUUGCGAAGAAGACGCAUACAAUGAUACAGAAGUUGAAGAAAGAAGGGAAAUUAUCCGGAUGCCUUUUAACAGCAUUAUUAAAUUGCAGAACUUUGGAAGAAUUAGACCAUGUGUCUGCACCUUAUAAAACUGGGAGUAAAGGCACUAAAGCCCAGAGGGCCAAGCAACUGGGAUUAGAACCUGCUGCUCUCUCCCUCCUGCAGAAUCCUAUGGAACUCAAUCUCUUUUCUUACAUUAGACCCAAUACCAAAGGACUUUCAACUAUCCAGGAAGUAGAGGCUGGAGUACAGCAUAUUUUAGCUGACAUCUUCGCUAAAGAUAAAGACACACUGGAUUUUAUCAGGAAAUUAUGUCAGCAAAGGUACAUUUGUAUCCAGUCAGCCUUGGCAAAAGUGUCAUCCAAAAGUGGAAAUGAAAAAGAUAUUGAUAAAUUCCAACUGUACCAUGAGUUUUCUUGUAAUAUAAAGAACAUUCAGCAUCAUCAGAUCCUGGCCAUUAACCGAGGGGAAAAUCUGAAGAUCCUGACAGUGAAGGUCAACAUUCCUGACGGGGUGAAGAAUGAAUUCUGUUGGUGGUGUGUCAAUGAAAGAUGGAGACCAAAACAAUUUUUAAAACCAGAAUUAAUGAGGAUACUACGGAAUUCGGUAGAGGAUGCAUAUAAACGCCUUAUAUAUCCUCUGCUUUGUAGAGAAUUCAGAUCAAAGUUGACAUCUGAUGCAGAGAAGGAGUCUGUGAUGAUGUUUGGGAGAAAUCUCCGGCAGUUGCUUCUGACCAGCCCUGUGAGGGGCCGUACUUUGAUGGGAGUAGAUCCUGGCUACAAACAUGGCUGCAAGUUGGCAAUUAUUUCACCAACCAGUCAGAUACUCCAUACCGAUGUUGUUUACUUGCAUUCUGGUCAAGGAUUUCGUGAAGCUGAGAAGAUAAAGAGGCUUCUGCUACAGUGCAACUGUAGCACUGUCGUGAUUGGCAAUGGCACGGCCUGCAGAGAAACAGAAGCUUACUUUGCUGACUUAAUUAUGAAGAAGUAUUUUGCACCGCUGGAUGUUGUUUACUGCAUUGUCAGUGAAGCAGGAGCAUCUAUCUACAGCGUCAGUCCAGAAGCGUCCAAGGAAAUGCCAGACCUAGACCCUAACCUAAGAAGUGCAGUUUCCAUAGCUAGACGCGUCCAAGACCCGUUAGCUGAGCUAGUGAAAAUUGAGCCCAAACACAUAGGAGUUGGAAUGUAUCAGCAUGAUGUAUCACAGACUUUGCUCAAAGCAACUCUGGACAGUGUGGUUGAAGAGUGUGUCAGCUUUGUAGGAGUUGAUAUUAACAUCUGCUCAGAAAUACUAUUAAGACACAUUGCAGGACUGAAUGCUAACAGGGCUAAAAAUAUAAUUGAAUGGCGAGAGAAGAAUGGACCAUUUAUAAACCGAGAACAGCUCAAGGAAGUUAAAGGUCUGGGUCCCAAAUCCUUCCAACAGUGUGCUGGCUUCAUCAGAUUCAACCAAGAAUAUAUAAAGACCUUCUGCAGUAGUAAGAAAACUGAACUUGGAAGUCAUGCGCUUUCGACUAAAGCAGGUACACAGGGUAAAAAGAAGAGCAAACCAACACUGUGUGCCUCGCAACAGCCCAAUCCUUUGGACCAAACUUGUAUUCAUCCAGAGUCUUAUGACAUUGCAAUGAGGUUUUUAUCUUUCAUUGGAGGAAACGCAAAUGACAUAGGAAAAUCAGAUAUGCAGCAAAAAGUAAAUGCAGUAAUUCAAAAGGAAGGACUGGAAGGCACAGCCAAAAGGCUAAAUACAACAGUGCACACACUGCAGCUGAUCAUUGAUGGUCUGACUCAGCCUGAAGGCUUUGACAUCCGAACAGAUUUUGAUAAACCUGACUUCAAGAGAAGCAUAGUCUGCUUUGAAGACUUAAGUGUUGGUACUGUUCUGACUGGAAAAGUUGAAAAUGCGACGCCAUUUGGAGUUUUUGUUGAUAUUGGUGUGGGAAAAGCAGGUUUGAUUCCAGUGCGAAACAUAACAGAAGCAAAACUUUCUAAAGUGAAGAAGAGAAGAAGCCUGGGGUUAGGUCCUGGAGAAAGAGUGGAAGUUAAAGUGCUUAAUGUCGAUAUUCCUCGAUUGAGGAUAACGUUGGAUCUUAUUCGUGUUUUAUGAGAGGGUUUUUUAUGAUUGAGCCUUCAUUUUAAAGGUUAAGUAAUGUCAGCAAGGUUCUGGAGAUUCAGGCAUUUAAUGAGUGUGUUGAAAAUGAACAAAUUUUGAAACCUUCAG